UUUAGUGUUUCAGUUCAAACGAAAAACGCCGAACUAUAUGAGAAAAUCGUUUGAGUUGUGCGCAUUGUAAGUCAAUAGUUUAAUUAAAAAUACCUAGUGUGAAGUAUUAAUAAAAACGUUAUAAUUAAAAGUAAAAAUAUUGUGUGCCAAACUAUGGAAACAACAGUUAAUUUUUAAAUAAUAGUGGUAUUCCAAGUUGUCAGUCGUUUCUACGUAAAAUAGACGCGUUGCUAAGUUCUGGCAAGAUAAGUAGUUGUUUUUAUCAUUGAUAACGCUGUACGACUACAGCCGUUUGGAAGCGACUAUAACAUGAAUCAGUUGUUGUGCAUUGGUGAUCCGAGUCAGAACGUUAUGGCUGAAAGCAAGGGAUCCCUAAUUGCCAAGUCCGUAUCUAAACAUGCCGGAAGGGCUAAAGAAAAAUUUCUUCAAAACCUAGGAAAAGUAGAUAGGACAGAAGAUGAAAUUUUCAAUGAACAUUUGCAAAAUUUUUCUAAACAACAAAAUUCAGCUAAUAAGUUGCAAAAAGAAUUUAACAACUAUAUUCGUUGUAUUCGAGCUGCCCAAGUAGCCAGUAAAAGUCUUAUGGAAACAUUAAAUGAAAUGUAUGAAAGUCAAUGGGUUGGUCAUGAUCAUAUGUGUACUCAGUCCAAUAGUCUGGACAUGUUGUGGAGUGAUUAUAGUCACAAAUUAGCUGAUCAAGUACUCAUUCCGUUAAACACGUAUCAAGCUCAAUUCGCUGAAACAAGAAAAAAGAUUGAUAAACGUAAUAGGAAACUAGUUGAUUAUGACAGUCAGAGACAUAGUAAUCAGUUGGCCAGCAAUGGUGCUGGUAAGAAAAAAGAUGAAGCUAAAAUGAUAAAAGCUAAAGAACAGUUUGACGAAGUGAAGCGGAAGUUUGAUCUUAUUAAUAGUGAGUUGCAUGAUGAACUUCCAGCUCUUUACAAUUCUAGGGUAUUGUUCUUGAUAACUAACUUACAACCAUAUUUUGCUGCUGAACAACUAUUUCACUGUGAAUCAUCAAAAGUGUUUUCAGAAAUGGAGUCAAUUGUAGAUAAGUUAGCAAAUGAUUACCAACACCAAUCAAAAAUGUUGAACUACUUUGUACGAAACAACAAAACAGCCAAUAACAUAUCUAAUAAUGUAUCAUCAACUUUACAGUCUCCUGCAUCUCCAAACUCAGUAAAUGAUGAGGAUGCUCCAAAAUCCCCAAGUUUAUCUCCUUCUCCACCAGAAACUGCUGUGAUUAAAACACCUGAUAGCAUCAAUGAAGUAAUAUCCAAAAACGUAAAUGAAGAAAAGUUGGUAAAUGGCAAUAGUCCUCAAACCAACGGAGUUGCUCCUGCUAGACAUGAAAAUGGCAGUACUAAAAAUUUAACUGCUGAUAUAGAAAUCCCUCCAGGUGCCACAACUGAUAAUUUACCAGCUGGUGUUUUAUACAGAGUAGUAGCAACAUAUAAGUAUGAUGCAGAGGAUACAGAUGAAUUGUCAUUUGAAAAAGGUGAAAUUAUUAGUGUAGUACCAUAUGACGAUCCAGAUACUCAAGAAGAAGGCUGGUUGAUUGGUAUUAAAGAGAGUACUGGUGAAAAAAAAUUAUUCCCUGCGAAUUUUACAAGACCUUUGUGAAAAUCACAUUACUUCAGGCUCAAAUGGAUUGCAGCAAUACCAAAUAUUAUGAAGCUCAGUUUUUGGUCUAUAAUAAUUUCAUUUUAUUUCUAUACAUUUUUGUUUAUAAACUUUAACAAAAGUUAAUGCCUACACACUUUGAACUGUGUAUAAAAAACAAUUCUAAUGACUUUUAUGGCAUUUAAAACAUUUAUAUUAUUUACAAUACCAUUACUAUUCAUUUUGAAUAUAAUAAAUAUAUAUAUUUUUUUAUGAUUUUAAGUCAUAUUAUAUAUUAUAUGAAUAGCAUAAAAUGUAAAAUUGUAUUGAUGUUGCUAAGUAUUAAUUUGACUGAUUGAGAUAUUGUUACGAAUUUAUUAGGUUUGAUUUUUAAUAUUUACUUUUUGCUUAGCUAUUAAACCUAGUAUAAUGUUCUCACAAAUUUAUUGUAACAAGUGCCUUUAAGUAUUUUUAUUCUUCUAAAUUUUUUUAUCUUUUGAAAUAAUGUCUUUUAUAUUUAUUAUUUUUGUUAAUAAUAAAACAUAUAGAAUAUUAAAAUAACAAAUACACCUAACAAUUCAUUUUUAUCUUUUAAGGUUAAUUAUGAAGUUUAUCAACUAUAAUUUUUACUCGUAUUUUAGAUUUGCUACUUUUAUUUUUCAUGUGUUGUUAUGUUGUUGUAUUUGUGUGUUAAAUGUUUUUCUUUAUUUAGUAAGUGAUUAGUAUGUAAAGAUUAUCAAUCAUUUUAAUAUUAACUUGUAUUAUUUACCCGUCCCUAUACUUAUUCUUGUAGUCAGUAAUAUGUUGUAAAUAAUUAUAGUUAAAAUUUAGUGUAAUUUUAUAACAAAUUAAUAUUUUAUGAUACAUUAUGAAUUAUUUUAAUAAUAUGGUUGGUCUGUAAAUGUUAUUUUAAUUUUUUGUUGACGAGCUAACAAGUUAUCAUACUUAGUAUUGAGAUGCAAAAUAAGCUAACAAAUAAUUUGUAAUGAAUUUAAAGACUUAAUUUAACACAAUAACAAGCAGCUUAUUACAUUUAAUGUUAUAAUAAGUUAUUUGUGUUUGAUAUUGGAAAUCCUUAGAUUUCCUAUGAUAUUAUGUAUUUUUUUUUAUAGUUGCUAUAAAAAUAAUAUUGAACAAAAAUUAAAAAUACAAUCACUACAAUGUCAUGAAAUUAGAUAUAAAUUGUCUAAUUUAACUUAACAAGUAUAACAAAAUAUAACUUUAAAUUAAUUUUUAUAUUUAAUGUUAAGUUGUACUUUCAAUGUCCCCACAGUCAUAAGAUAACUAUUUUCCAAAGCUUGCACAUUUAACUUUGAGUAAAUGUCUGUUAUGAUUUAUUAUUUGUCUUGUUUUUAUGCAAGAUAUUUAUUUUUCUAUUUUCAUGGUUAAAACCAAUAGUUAUGAGUUAAGUGAAGUAAUAUCUAUACAUUGUCUAUUCCUAAUAUGUAACUAUUAUAUUCUUUUUUUGCAGUAUAGUUUUUCAUGAUAAAUUUAAA